CCGCUGCAAGCACACGUAUUCAAUUCACUAGUACCAGAUUAUGGGGUCCCUCGAAUCUCGGUGCGCAAAAACGAACUCCAUCCUCACUUUUCAAAAUGCCCAUCGACACGAUUCUCCCCACGCCAGCGCACACGAGCAACGUUAACAAUACGCCCGCCAUGUUCAACUAUGGUGAUCAAGAUGCGCUCCUCCCCGACAUUGACUCGUACAUGAACGACUUUACAUUCGACGUCGACACGGAUGUGGUCGACGUGAACGCGCUGGCAAUGUUUCUUGUCGGCCUCGAGUACCUCAAGAGCAUUUUUCUAAGCUCGGCGAACACCGCGUAGUCAUCCCCGGAGCAAACACACUGAGCCCCGCGCCUGUACAAUACCCAAAACAGCAACCCUUACGUGAGCCCAGCUCUAGGCCUCCAUUAAUUAUGUAUUGAUAAUAUAUGCGCUAAUGUAGCAUACACAAA